AGGGGGCGGGACGUGUGUCGCCUGACGAAUAAAAGCUGCAGCCUAUAGAGGGCUUUUUAACCGGGCACAGCCAGCCAGGCUUAAAGGAAACAUUAGGUCUUAAAUUCACAGCAGCGAUUACAGCCGAGCGGCAGGUCAGUGCAGGAAACGGCAGCGGCACCGCGGGUCCGAAGAGCUGAGGAAAUAUGAGCGACAAGGGGACCGUCUCGCCGAAAGAGGAGGCAGCCGAGAAGAGGGGGCGUGGAAGACCCCGCAAGCAGCCCCAAGUAAAGACCUCUGACGAGCCAAGCGGGUCCCCGGCUCCAAAGAGGUCCAGAGGACGGCCGAAGGGCAGCAAAAACAAGACGGCCACAAAGGGCAAAAAGGCGCCGGCGGCAGCAGCAGCCGCCCCGGCUGCAGUGGGAAAACGUAGGGGAAGACCUAAGAAGGAGGAGAAGGAAGAAAAGGCAUCCCAGGAAUCAUCUGAGGAGGAGGAGGAAGAGGAGGAGGAAGAUGAAGACCAGUAAUUACAACGCACGCUACCUCACUCAACAUACUGACUUGCUGUUAACCAGAACUGGGCUGUAUCUCCAACACCAGGUGCCACCACAUGACCACUGUUCACGACAAAGCCCUCGUUGCCAAGAGGAGGGUUAACACAGUACCAAUAUCAUGCAGCCGCACUGGAUAGAACGAUGGACCUUUGAUCUAAGAAUUACAAGAACGGUAACGGCCCUUUUUCUCAAUGCGUCAUCGCGAGUCUUUUCUACUGGACGAACGUGUGCUCCGAGGAGCCUGGCCAUUUCAGUUUUUCCGGUUUGUAGGACAUUCUCUCUGCUUAGUGUUCCUUAUGUGUUGCCUCUGCAUCUGAGAUGUCGGGGCAUAUAGAUUACCUUUUUUUUUUUUUUGUUGUUUUGUACUGGACAAAGGUGAAUUUUACCGAUACUUGCUGUUUGUUUGUGUCCGUGUGAAGUGGUUAACCUAUCCUUCGUAUUAUAGAUGGAGUUGAGCUUCAGCGUUUAAGAUAACAGGCGGUAGAGGGGUGUUUUUUUGUUUUUCUGCUUUUAAAAUGAAUCUGCAUUAACUCAUUCUUGCCCCCACCCCACCGGGAGGUGUAGUUACACCUCUCCAAACUCCUUCAAGGACCUGUGCGAGUAGCUGGGAGAUGUAACUGGUCUUGUUAGUCUGGUUACUAGUGUUUUUGUUCCUUCGGGUUACCCACCCUUUAAAAAAAAAAAAAAAAAAAAGAACGCACAUAAAACAUGAAUGUGCUGCUUUUCAUGUAAUAAAACAUUAUUUUUUCUUUUGGUAUAAUGUGUUUUUAAGGAUAGAGUUGGCAGGGGUCCAGGCACAGAGCAUCAGCGUCAUUUCUUCAGGGAGCUUUUUAAAAACGCCGUUUCUUCGGCGUCUUUGUCCUGUUUCCAAUCGCUCGUACGGCAAAAUGCAAUCGGUCCCACGGCGGCUGCGGGUUGUAGGGGAGGGUCGUUGGAGGCGCUCGCCAUCCAACAGGCCUGCAGGCUCCACGUUCAGUUGUUCAUUCCAGCGAGCUCUCGCUGCGCCGCCUCGCUCGGGCCUCCUGUCAUCGCCUAAAACGGUCAUCUACUUAAAUAGUCUUCUGAAGAUGUGCGUUUCAAGGAAACAAUAGAAAGUUGUGUAUUUCUAAGUGUCAGGGAACCCACAGUUACAGUCCACUUAACUGGGUUUUUUCACACACCUUAAGCUGCUACGACCUCAGUUACGGACCCGGAAAACUGCAAACAGGCGACUCAAGGCCUGGAAUUCAUACCUCACUCAACGGCUUACUUUACUGUGUAAUUGCAUUUAACGGGGGUUUUUUUUCUUUUUUUUCUCAAAGAUAUAACCUCUGGUGUGAGUUGGAAAGAUUUUAUUACAAGGUUUUUGUGUUAAACUGACUGUCAUGAGAUGUGAGAAGCAAGCCAGGGAGACCGGUCGGCAUGACGACUGUUUGCUGACUGUGGUAGUUUAGCAGGUGUGUUUUUAUUCUUCUGGUGCACUGAAAUGUUUGGUUCAGAUACUUAUGGACAAAACGUUUGAUCGACUGGGCGCUCUUUUCCACUUGGCCGCUCUCACGCAGCGGCCGCUUCAUGUCUCUCUCCCCAAAUCCUCAGAGUACUCUGGACGACGUCUGUAUCGUUGUUUUUCUGUCAUGUCAUUCAUUCAUUUUACGCGCUGUAAACUCAAUUGGAUGCGAUCAUUCUUUUUAAUGUACACCGUAUAUAAAUGUACAAUGUCUAUAUUUCUAUGGUGCCCUACAACAAUUUGUAUCAGAAAUGGUCAAUAAAGAACUUCUUUGACAA